AAACAGCUAAACUUGUGUAUUUGUUUCGGGUCUUUCUCGAAGAAGCUGUGAAUUGAAUUCAAUAGAGAGGUUACAGAAAUGGCGAGAGCCGCUAUCCUUCAAUUGGCGCGAUCACAAGCGAGGCAGCUCUCAUGCGGAAGCUUCCGUUCAGGAUGUCAACCUUAUAGGCAUGCAACAGAACUGUAUUUUGGAAGUGCCAAACAGAACUUCACCUCUCCUGGCCUGCUUGAUUCUCUCCAGAAAAGGUGGGCAUCUCAAGCUGCUGCCACAAAAGAUGACAACAAGAUCAGCAUUGGACCAAGUGGAGGGAAGGAGGCUGGGGAAGAGGAAAAAGACACUGACGUUGUUUAUCAUGGUCCGAUUUCAUCAACCAUCAAGAAAGUAAAAUUACUUUCACUCUCAACUUGCUGCCUCUCUGUGUCCUUGGGUCCUGUCAUAACCUUCAUGACAUCUCCUGACUUGAAUAUAAUUUUGAAAGGAGCAGUGGCAUCUUCUGUCAUAUUCUUUAGUGCCACAACUACCGGUGUCCUGCACUGGUUUGUCAGCCCUUAUAUUCACAAGAUUAGAUGGCAGCCUGGUUCCGACAGCUUUGAGGUGGAGAUGAUGACCUGGUUGGCAACUUUUGUUCCAAAGACCAUAAAAUUCUCCGACAUUCGACCUGCGGAAACCAAUAGGCCUUUUGUGACAUUUAAGGCCAAUGAUAAUUUCUACUUUGUCGAUGCAGAUCACUGCCAUAACAAGGCAUUGUUGGCAAGACUGACACCACAGAAACCAUCAGCACAGGGGUCCGCUUUCAAAAACCUGUAAUACUGAGAUGUUAAGAUGACAUGUGUUGAAGUUUUUGCUGGGCGGAUAUGAUGCUUUUAGCUGAUGGAUUAUGAUAAACCCUGGUAUGUUUUGAGCCUUUUAGGGCAUGCGUUGUUUCUUUUUUUGUUUGCGAGAACUGCCGAGUAGUUUCAGAUUCCUGAAAUAAGUUUUUUGUGAUGAUGAUUGACUAAUGAUAUCACUGCUUUGUUGAAUCUUGCCUGGCAAACGCAUGUAUAAAUUCUUUAUAUCUCA